AUGGUGGUGCAGCAACAACAUCAACAACAACAGCCACCGCGUGUCAAAGGAGCAUUUGUUGCCUUGGCACGCAACAGAGAAGUACAUGCGAUGCGAUCAUCGAUGCGCUAUUUGGAAGACCGGUUCAACCACAAAUACAAGUACUCAUGGAUCUUUCUCAACGAGGAACCAUUCACAGAGGAAUUCAAGAACCUGACGCGUUCAAUGACCGAUGCCGAAACCUUCUAUGGUCAAGUCCCUGUGGAACAUUGGAGUUAUCCUGACUGGGUCAAUCAAACCUAUGCCAAAGAAUGUCGUCAAGCCAUGGUCGACCAGAAUAUCGUGUAUGGUGGCAGUGAAAGUUAUCGCCACAUGUGUCGUUUCCAGUCUGGAUUCUUUGUCCAGCAUCCGUUGUUGGAUGGACUUGAUUAUUACUGGCGGGUUGAACCUGGAGUCAAGUUUUCUUGCGACAUUGAAUACGAUCCUUUCCGUGUAAUGCAAGAACGCGAUUUGAAGUAUGGUUUCACAAUCGCUUUAGAGGAAUUUUAUGCAACAGUGCCUACAUUGUGGGACACGACUAUGGAUUUUGUGAAAGACCAUCCAGAGUACAUAUACCCAAAGACAAACCCGGACAGUCUGUUCAAGGUCAUCACAAACGACAAUGGCUUGUCGUAUAACUUGUGCCACUUUUGGAGUAAUUUUGAGAUUGGCUCGGUCUCAUUCCUGCGCUCAGAAAGAUAUCAAGCGUAUUUCCGUCACCUUGACCAAGCCGGUGGUUUCUUUUAUGAACGAUGGGGUGAUGCACCUGUACACUCGAUCGCUGUAGCACUUAUGCUUGGUGCCAGUGAAGUCCAUUGGUUCUACGAUAUCGGGUACAAGCAUGACAAUUUCGAACAUUGUCCUACAGAACCUGACUGGCUUGUGCACGGCAAAUGCUAUUGCGAUCCCAUCACCUCUUUUGAUUAUGUGGACGGAAGCUGCAUCACGAAAUACCUGCAAGUGACCAACACCACAGUGAACGACUACAUCACCACGCCACAGGAAGAUUAA